CCAGAGGCUGACGACAGCCAAGGAGAGUUCUCGGUCAGACGGCGAUGGAGACUGUUAAUCUGCGAGGGAGGGAAAAGUGAGGAGAAAUCAGCGGGUGUGCAGCGGUGCUCUGAAAACCAGGACUCAUCCCGCGGCGCAGCCUCGCUUCUCCUCUUCCUCCGUUUGUCUUCCUGUUUUAUCAGCAGAACUGGAUUUCUUCUAUCCGCUUUAGAUAGAUUCCUCCUCCUCCUCCUCCUCACUUGUUCCCCUUGAACUUGUAAUUCCCCGUGUUUCUCCUGGUGGAUGAAGAGGGUUUUAUCUGUAACAUCUUCCCUCUUUGGUUGUCCUCCUUGCUGCUCGUCCCAUGGGCAUCCGUGCUUCUUGCAGACCAGAGCCUCACGGGCGUGGAGGUGGCUCUCAGCAGGGUCAGGCCGACGCUCAGCUCCCAGAGCAGGAUGAGGAGAUCCUGGGAUCUGACGACGAUGAGCAGGAGGAUCCCAAUGACUACUGCAGAGGAGGAUAUCAUCAUGUGAAGAUCGGCGACCUGUUCAACGGGAGAUACCAUGUGAUCCGUAAGCUGGGCUGGGGGCACUUCUCCACUGUGUGGCUGGCCUGGGACAUCCAGGAGAAGUGCUUCGUGGCCUUAAAGGUUGUGAAGAGUGCUGAGCAUUACACAGAGACUGCGUUGGAUGAAAUCCGGCUGCUCAAAUCCGUGAGAAACACAGAUCCCACCGAUCCCAGCAGAGAGAAGGUGGUUCAGCUGCUCGACGACUUCAAGAUCGCUGGCAUGAAUGGAACUCAUGUGUGUAUGGUCUUUGAAGUCCUGGGCUACCAUCUUCUAAAGUGGAUUAUCAAGUCCAAUUAUCAAGGCCUGCCUCUGCCCUGCGUUAAAAGCAUCAUCAGACAGGUCCUGCAGGGCUUGGACUACCUGCACACCAAGUGCAAGAUCAUCCACACGGACAUCAAACCGGAGAACAUCCUGCUGACCGUCAACGAGCCGUACAUCAAGAAGAUGGCUGCUGAAGCCACGCAGUGGCAGAAGUCUGGUGCUGCGCCGCCCUCUGGGUCUGCAGUCAGCACAGCCCCAGCAGCCAAACCUAUGGCCAAAAUGUCCAAGAACAAAAAAAAGAAGAUGAAGAAAAAGCAGAAGAAGCAGGCGGAGCAGCUGGAGAAGAAGCUGCAGGAGAAGGAGGUUCCAGCUGAUGCAGGAGAGGAAGAGGAGGACGAGGAGACCACGGAAACCACAGAAGACACGGCUUCUUCAGCCAGCCUCUCCGUGUCUGCUACGAUGCAAGACAUUGCAAACCAUUCUAGCACAGAUUCUACUCCCGUUGAGCCGCCGAUCCCCCAGCCCAGUGAACAGAAGGACGAGGCGGAGAAAGAAAAGUCCUUAGAAGUCUACUUGAAUGGUCACGCCUCCUCGCCGGAGACCGCAGUCAAUGCGGAGGUACAAGAGACCGAGCCGUGUCCAGAACAAGAGGAGUCGCAGAACCCCAACCGUCCAGAACACGCCGACGCCCAGGACCCAACAUGUCAGGAGGAGGUGCAUCAGACACACGGAGGAGCUGACGGCCUCCUGCAGCAGCUCCCCGACUCCCUCAGCUCAGAAGGAACCGUGGAACAAAAAGAGGAGAAGGAGGAGAAGUGUGAGACCCAGCAGGAGACAGAAGGAGCCAAUCCAGCAGACGGAGAGAGUGACUCUGCAGGCAGUUUGUUGGUGAACCCCCUGAAGGCCCUCAACGCCGACAAGCUGCAGGUUAAGAUCGCUGACCUCGGCAACGCCUGCUGGGUGCACAAACAUUUCACGGAUGACAUCCAAACACGGCAGUACCGUUCUCUGGAGGUGCUGAUUGGAGCCGGCUACAGCACGCCGGCAGACAUCUGGAGCACAGCCUGCAUGGCUUUUGAGCUCGCAACUGGAGACUAUUUGUUUGAGCCCCAUUCUGGAGAAGACUACUCCAGAGAUGAAGAUCACAUCGCGCUGAUCAUUGAGCUUCUGGGUAAAGUUCCUCGAAAGCUCAUCACGGCGGGCAAAUACUCCAAGGAGUUUUUCACCAAGAAAGGUGACCUGCGUCACAUCACUAAGCUGAAGCCUUGGGGUCUGUUCGACGUCCUGGUAGAGAAGUACGAGUGGUCCAAAGAGGAGGCCCACUCUUUCAGCAGCUUCCUGGGGCCCAUGCUGGAUCUCGUGCCUGAACGGAGGGCCACUGCCGCGCAGUGUCUCUCUCACCCGUGGCUGGCGUCCUAAAUCCGACACGCUGAGGAGGGAGAAGUUCAGUCUAGAUUACCUGCAGUAAGGGAAUACCUUCAUGCCACCUGAGCCUCGUGGGGCCUCCUCCAUGUUGCCCAGCCUUCUCCACACUCAUCCAAACACGGGGACUGCUGCUCAUCCUCUUCACCGGCAGCACUUGAACUUUUCAACUUGGCUUUCUUUCCUUCUGACUGCAGCGCUCUCUGUUACGCCAUGAUCUCAUUUUUAUUUAAAUAAAUCCCCCUUUUCUACAAGAUGGAGUGCCAAUUAAAUAAUCGUAUCAAACACAGAAGUGUUUCUCCAGGCUUCAGUGUGUCUGCUUCAGUUUGAGUAAAGCGCUAAAUAAUGUUAAUAAAAAAAGAAACUAGAAGAACUGACAAGAAAAUUGAAAUUAAAAAAAAAAAUGGUGCACCAGAAUCUCAUACUUAAGAGCCAUAAAUGUAUUCCAGAAAAGUGUUAAGUUUGUGUAAAUGCUUCAUUUUCUCAGAAAAGUGGUACGACGAGACGCUCUGGAGUCAACAUGAACGCCGUUUUCUACGCCGAGUGAACAGAACCAAAGAGUCGGACUUACUCACUGCAGAGAACGCUCACCAGGAAGAACCAAAGGGCUUCAGAAACCAGUUCUUCCAUGUUCCUCAGAAUCCAGAUUUUUGUUUCUCCUUCAGAAAAGCUCAAAGCCCAGCGGAGGAAAUGCGUGCACACGUUGGAAUCACUUGAACGCCACCAUGGAGCUCAUGCUUUGUUUUUUCUACUGGUGUAUGUCUUCCUCCUUCUGUCUGUCAUUAAUAAAGAAGAAACUUUUUUUUCAAAAUUA